AUGUCGAAUCAACCGGCGGACACCCUUAAAACUCUCAUCAACUCAGGAGCCACGUUGAACUUUAUCUCCCCCUUGAUUGUGGAAAAAUACAAAAUCCCCAAAACCCUACUUGAAAAUCCACGAGUAGUGAGAAUGUUAGAUGGUACCAUUUCACAGACUGGUUGCAUUUGGCACCAGGUACUCCUCACGGUCUCGGCCAAUGGCCACACCCAUUCCAUUCCUUUCCUAGUUUGCCCGAUAGGCAACACCCCAGCAAUACUCGGCAUGACCUGGCUCACAAGUGAAUCCCCGCUCAUUGAUUGGCAGCAAGGCACAGUCACGUUCCCUGAACAGUAUCAUGAAUUUGCCCAAGUCUUUGGAGAAGAGGAAUUCAAGAUGCCAAACUCUCCCCGGUCCUAUCUAUGGCAUGACAGACGCGGAGUCCAAGGCGCUAAACAACACAUAGACGAAGAAUUGGCAACUGGAAAGAUUUGUCCUAGUACCUCUUCUGCUGGCGCCCCCGUUAUGUUUGUUAAAAAAGCAGAUGGCUCUCUCCGACUGGUAGUUGACUACAGGAAGCUAAACAAGGUCACCCACAAAAACGUUUACCCAUUGCCAAGACAAGACGAUCUCAUGGCUAAGCUCAGACAUGCCAAGAUCUUUACAAAGCUAGACCUACAAUGGGGAUACAAUAUGUCCGGAUCAAGAAAGGAGAUGAUAAUGCCCUUUGGGCUUACCAACGCCCCGGCCGCCUUCCAACACUUCAUGAAUGACUUGUUUAGGGACCUCAUCGACGUCACUGUGGUUAUCUACUUGGACAAUAUCUUGAUCUUCUCAGAAGACCCCAAGGACCACCCAACCCAUGUCAGGGAAGUCCUAUCACGGUUGAUGAGAAACCAGUUGUUCUGCAAACUCUCCAAGUGCCACUUCCACGUCACAACAGUGGACUACCUUGAAAUCGAGGCGGUUACGUCGUGGCCACAACCCAGAACGGUCAAGCAAGUCCAGGCCUUUUUAGGAUUUGUCAAUUACCUGAGACGCUUCAUUCCCAACUUCAGCUCUGUUGCGCGCCCCCUGCACAACCUCACCAAAAAGGAAUCACCGUGGUCAUGGAACGUAGCGGAAGAACAGGCUUUCCAGGAAUUAAAGGCCUUAGUCACCAAAGCACCAGUUCUGAUCCACUCGAACCCCAGCUUGCCUUACUAUCUGGAAACAGACGCAUCAGGAGUAGCAAUGGGGGCUAUACUCAGCCAAAGGGGUCCGGAUAAUUGGUUGCAUCCAGAGCUCCUAGCAAUCAUCAAGGCCCUGGAGGAAUGGCGCAUUUACUGGAUGCAGGCACGGACUUUUAACCGCAGACACGCACAAUGGCGCAUCUUCCUGAGCAACUUUAACUUUGAAAUCCACUACCGCCCCGGAAAGCAGUCAGGGAAGCCAGAUGCCCUAUCCAGACGAUCAGACUAUGUUGAUUCCCCCCAAGAACCGGAAGUCAUGCUACCAGCAGAAGUCUUUGCCAACACAUCAGAAACAGAACUUGAGAUUGUCACGGAAAUCCAAGAUAAGCUGAAGGAUGACCCAUCCCUAGAACCUAUUAUCCAAUUCCUGACAGAGGAUGCAGACAAUGCACCUCCAUCAAUUAGGAAGGCCUAUCGGGACUAUGAUUGGGAAGAAGAUCUCCUAUGGUACCGCGGAAAACUGGUGGUCCCAGACUCAGAGCCCAUCAAGGAACGAUUGCUUAAAGAAUUCCAUGAUUCCCCCCUGGCAGGACACCCCGGGCAACAAAGAACCCUAGAACUCCUGAACCGUAACUACUGGUGGCCAGGAAUGAAGUCAUCCGCUAAGGAAUGGGUAGAAUGCUGUCCUAUCUGCCAAGCUAAUCGCCGCGCACACGCUCCUGUGAUCUCCCUAAAACCCUUAGAAGUUCCCCGUUUCCCUUCCACACAAUAUCCUAUGACUUCAUCACAGGAUUCCCCAAUUUGGUCACUUCAUCCCAACCACAAAAAAAUCACAGCCAAGGGACUAGCAGACCUGUUCAUCACCCAUGUGUGGAAGUUACACGGAUUACCGGUCAAAACAGUCUCAGACUGCGGAACAACGUUCACAGGGAAAUUCCUAAGAGCACUGUACCAACGCCUUGGAAUCAAUCCGGCCUUCUCCUCAGCCUACCACCCGGAGUUGGACGGACAGACAGAGAGGGUGAACCAAUUCAUCGAGUUCUACCUCAGAUCCUACGUUGCAGCAGACCAUUCAGACUGGGCUACCUGGUUACCGUUAGCAGAAUAUGCGUACAACAACGCUAGACACUCGGCUACUGGGAAAACCCCCUUCGAACUUGUCUAUGGAAGAAACCCCAUCAUGAGCCCAUCCAACGUACCGGCAAAUGUUCCAGAAGCUGACCAUGUAGCUGACACCCUAGCUCAGGAAUGGAAAGAGGCAGAAUCCGCUCUAAGGCUAACAAAGGAAAGGAUGGCAGGGAUCAGAGGAAUAACUCCAGAAUACGCAAUUGGCAAAAAAGUAUGGCUGGAUGGAAAAAACGUGGAGCUCAGAACCAACUCCAACAAGUUGGACCCUAAGAGACUAGGCCCAUUUGAAGUCCUAGAGCAAAUAUCCAGCCACGCGUACCGCCUGAAACUUCCGGAAACCUUAAAAGUCCACAACGUAUUCUACGUAGGACUGCUAUCCAGAGUUCAUGAAUCGCCCAGUCAACCCUUCCCGGAACAACCCCUGCCAGAAACAAUUGAAGGGGAAGAAGAAUAUGAAGUGGAGCAGAUCAUCGACUCCAGAAGGCAACGAGGGAAAUGGUUCUACUUGAUCAAAUGGAAAGGAUACGGGCCAGAAGACAAUUUGUGGGAACCAGAAGAACUCCUGGAACACAGCCAGGAAGAAGUCAAGCGCUUUAACCAAGCCAGACUCAGAAAGGCUUGUGACGCCGCCAAGAGCCUUUAA